AUGACUGCGAAUAAGCUUCUUAUCAUUGUCUCGGCCAUCUUGGGUGCACUUGCAUGCACAACCAGUGGUAGGAAGCUUAUGGUGAGCAGCCACGGUAAUGUUGCAUCACUGAACGGUGAGAAGACAUUCUACCACAGCAUCCCAGGCGUCGGUGUUAGCAUAGGCGGCGUGAGUGGAGGGUUCGGUGGCGGGGGUGGUGGGGGAGGGGGUGGUGGCGGCGGACUUGGUGGAUCUGGGUUCGGGGUGGGAGCUGGUAGCGGCUUUGGUUCUGGGAUUGGAGAUCUUGGGAGCGGCGGUGGUGGAGGAUUUGGUGGAGGUGGCGGCAGCGGCCUUCUUGGUGGCGGUGCUGGAGCAGGAUAUGGUGGCGGCGCCGGUUCGGGUGGGGGACUUGGAGACGGUUUCCCUUGA